AUGUCUGCAUCCAGAGAUCACUUCGCUGAGGCCUGGAAGAGAAGCGUCACCCACAAACUGAAUACGGGGACCCAUCUCGAUAUGCCUCGUCCCGAGGAGCCCCCUAAAGUAUCCAUCUACGCUACUCAUGAAUUUGCGCAUACCAACAAGCCUUUUCUGACCUGGAACCCGGCACUCAUGCUAUGGCGUCGUUCAAAGCCUGAUGUUCCCGAGGUCCAGCAGACUCUGAUAGACCUCAUGCCUGGAGACAACUUCGAACAACUGGAGAAGAUCUACCAGCAUCUGUACGCCGUCGCAGAGCUUGAAGAGCAUCACAAAGCUAGACUGGCAAAGGCAAACACCGAGUUGGAGGAAUGGAAGCAUGUCGCUGAAGAUUGUCGUGCCCGUUUCGAUGAAGCGAAGAAAAGUGGCGAUUAUGUUGCUGUCGCAUGGCACGAGGCCAUACUUGACCGAGUACAGGGUAGAGUCAUCCUUUGGGGGAAGAUCGUUGCCCGAGAACGAAGACGGGUUCGGCGACAGGAGUCCAGGGUUGAUGAACUGGAGACCCCAUAUCUCGAAGCUAUGGAUGUACUCGAGCAGAGCCCAGAGCAUCUCAGGCUUGUCUCUCAGUGCUGA